AUGGUUGUCGAAUCAGAAGAAGUUCGCCAUGAGUCAUCUGAAGAAUACGACUAUGAAGAAUACGAAGAUGAUGACGAGGUGCUCGAUACUGAGCACAUAGAUGUGGAACUGGAAGAAGAUGAUUUCAAGACACAGGGUAAAGAGAGAUGCAAGGAUGCUUUCCUUAACUUCAGUUCUGAUUAUGAAGAUAAUGAAGCCGAUGAAGACAAUGACUUAGUUGAUGAAGAUGAAGAAGGGUUUGGUUCAGAAAAGGAAAUCGAUGACACAGCAGGGGCUAAUGAUCUUGAUUUGGGAGAUGCGGUUGGUGCAGGCUUCCCCAUUCACGACCCAUCAGUUAAGUGGAAUAAGAUGAAGCCCCUUCUUGGUGAAAGGUAUGAAUCACCACAUCAGUUGCAACAAUGUCUCACUAAUUAUGCUAUUAAGUCAGGGUAUAACAUUAAAUUUGCGAAGUGUGACACUGUGAGAUUAACUGCCAAAUGUGGUUCUAAGAUGAAGUCUCAACCCUGCCCAUUCAGAGUUCAUGCUUCCUGGAUGACUCAAGAAAGGUCUUUUCAGAUUAAAACCUUAGUCGAUGAGCACAAAUGUGUUAGAAAUUUCAAUAUUUCAAAUUUACUGAGUCCCAGAUGGCUAGCAAGACACUUUUUGAAGGAGUUGAUAAUGAAACCUAACUUGAAGUGUAAGGAGAUGCAAUCAAUAAUUAGGACCAAAUUUCAUUGUGGUGUAUCUUGGUCUAAGGCUUACAGAACAAGGUGUAGAGCAAUGACCAUUAUAGAUGUGGGUAACACAGGUGAUGUAGUGGCUAACAGAGGUGGUGGAGUGGCUGAAGUUGGUGGAGUGGCUGAAGUUGAAGGUGGUGGAGUGGCUGAAGUUGAGGAUGACACUAUUCCUGAAAAAUAUUUAGUCCAUUUAUGGAAGGCAAUGCAAGAUUUGAAACAAUCACGGUAUUCAACUGAAGAAAUUAAAAAGUCACUUAGUCUGACAGAUUCACAUAUGAAACAACUCAAUGAUUACAAUGACACUAUUGAACAAGUUCUUCCUAUGUCUAUGGAAGAGGAGUAUCCACCUCAGACAGAGACACAAGAUGGGGAUGAAGAAAAUAUCCCUGAGACACAACCAGAAAGUGAGGAAGAAGAAGAAGGCAUUAAUGACACCCAUGAAUUACCAGUACACCUUAGGAUUGUGAAAAAAAGAAGGCCCUCUGAGAGGAUUGUUAAAACCAAGCUGAAGAAGAUGGGAUGUGUUGGACUUCUUCAAAUUCACCAUUGGAGUUGGAUUAGGGUGUUAGGGUGUUAAGGGUAGUAAGGGUAUUUUGGUACAUCUUUUGUGAAUGCUACUUUUGUGCAUCUUUUGUGAAUGCUACUUUUGUAUAUCUUUUGUGAAUGCCCUUAAAUUACUGAUAACCAUAUUUUGUACAUCUUUUGUAAACACAUUGAAACAUUGUGAAUGCCCUUAACAUGGUUGGUAAUGACAUAUUGGAG